AUGGAGAAACACAGUGGCAAAUCAGGUAGUUUCAUCGGACGACAUCGUUGGAGAUCCAACCUCGAAAGUCCUCGAUCAUCAUUUUCCCACAAAUCCCAUCAUCAUAAGUCCCGUGUCCUUCCGGAUACACUUAUUCAUUCUGAAUCUAGCGACGACCUCAAUGACUCUAUACCAUUGCCCGAUGAUGUUGAUCACAAUCAGAUCCUUGCCCAUCUUGACGCUUUCGCCCAUCAAAUUUCCAACAUUGAAGACAAAACCACCCCACCCGAACUUCCUGAUGUUAUAGACACCUUCUCCGCAAUCAUCAAGUCCAAGACCAGAAAAUCAACCGUUGACGAAGACAACACCUUUCUAUACGAAUCUGUCCACCGUUUAUGUAAAUUGAAAACCGCCUUGGCAGAGUUUUCCAACAUGUCACAACUUGAUAAAAUCGGAAAGCUCCUGCGUCAGAUUAUGAAGUUCAUGGAAGAGGAACUUCGUGCUCUUCUUGUGGAUUCACAUGUUUCUCCGGAACCCAAACUGAAGGUGAUUUCUUCAAAGCAUUUUUCCUUCAAAUCGGAGCGUUGUCCCAUACCUGAACCAAGCAAAGAGGAGGAUUAUCCGGGCUUCUCGGAGGAGGAUAUCAGUAAAAUGAACAAAAUUGUGAAGACGAUGAUGUCCGCUGGCUACAAAAACGAGUGUUCAAAUGCUUAUAGCAUCGCGAGGGGAAAUGCUUUGUAUGAGCAACUUAAAAGGCUCAAUUUUGAAAAGCUAAAUGCGGAGGAGGUACAGAAGUUAAGCUGGGAGUGGCUUGAAGCGGACAUCACACGGUGGGUCAGAAUCAUCAAACAUUUUUCACAUUUCCUAAUUCCCGCAGAAUGGAAAUUGGGUGAAUUAGUUUUCUCAGAUGACUCCUCAAUUUUCAGAGGUUUAUUCGUCAAUCUGAUUCGUAGCCUAAUCACGUCACUACUUGAUUAUGCGGCCACAGUUGCGAUGCUGAAGCCUUCCGCGGAAAGGCUGUUCAAAUUCCUUGAUAUGUAUGAGGUGCUUCACGGGCUUAAAGACGCAAUCAACGGUGAGGAACAUGAAUCAUGCAACGACUUGAAUUCAGAAAUAUCAUCGGUCAUAGAACGUAUCGCCGAAGGAGUAGUUAACAUGUUCGGUGAUCUAGAGAAAUCGAUUCGACAUGACGCGGCCAAAACUCCAGUACCAGGAGGUGCCGUACACCCUCUCACACGCUAUGUGUUAAACUACUUGAGAUACGCAUGCGACUACGUAGAUACAUUGGAACAAAUCUUUCAGCAAAGCGCAAAGCUCAACCAAUUACCUACGUCUUCGUCGUCACCGCCAGAAGACAUGGACAUGGAGAAGUCACCGCUAGCGGCACAAAUAGCGUCGGUGAUGAGCCUUUUGGACGGGAACCUUGCGGUGAAAUCAACCUUGUACAAAGACCCUUCAUUACGCGACAUUUUUCUAAUGAACAACGGCAGGUACAUAUUGCAAAAGGUAAAGGGAUCAAGCGAGAUAAAGAAGAUGUUGGGGGACAACUGGUGCAGGCGGAGGUCGUCAGAGGUUCGACAUUACCACAAGAGCUACCAGAGAGAAACAUGGGCGCGACUAUUGCAAUGUAUCACACAAGAAGGGAUACUGGUGAAUGGAAAAGUAAAUAAAAAGGUGUUGAAAGAGCGGUUCAAGAAUUUCAAUGCCAUGUUUGACGAGAUACACAAGACACAGGGCCCAUGGGUGGUGAGUGACGAGCAAUUGCAGUCGGAGCUUCGGGCCUCCAUAUCAGCUGUGGUGAUUCCGGCGUACAGGUCAUUUGUAGGGAGAUACAAACACCACUUUGAGGCGGGGAAAAACAUAGACAAGUACAUAAAAUAUCAACCCGAAGACAUUGAGGCACUCAUUGAGACUUUGUUCGAGGGUAAUCAUUCUACGUCAAUGUCUAGGAGGAGAUUCUAAUU